CCAGGCUUUCUCGCCUUAGCCUCCAUAAAAUAUGGCGACGAUGUUCGGUUGUCGGAUAACGGAAGGUUACCGUGUUUUCACAACUUGCCAGCGCCACAUACCUCAACAAGUAAAGUUCAUCUGUGUAAAACAAGUUGGAAGCAUUUACCAUUGCUUGGAUAGUAAUCAAACUACAAACUUUUCUACAUCUUCUGCGAAUUCAACAAGGGGAGAUUCACGGGUUCAAAAAUUUCGUAAAGUUGUCGACACUUUUGUUGCUGGAAGUAAACAGUUAGGCAAGGAUGUGAAGCUUAUGUUUGAUAUACAGAAGAAGUUGAAAAAUAGUAAUUACAACUGGGAUGGUCUAAAAACAGAGGAAAUUAUCCAUUUACAUCAGGUAAUUAAAGAAAUAACUUCAACAGAUUUCUGGUCUUUGAAGGAUAAAGUGAUGCGUACUGGAAAACAUAAUCAAAGGCCGCAGAUCAAUCUUCAGAAAAUAUUUACCACCUUAAAGAAAUGCUCUGUAAANUUUUGUUGCUGGAAGUAAACAGUUAGGCAAGGAUGUGAAGCUUAUGUUUGAUAUACAGAAGAAGUUGAAAAAUAGUAAUUACAACUGGGAUGGUCUAAAAACAGAGGAAAUUAUCCAUUUACAUCAGGUAAUUAAAGAAAUAACUUCAACAGAUUUCUGGUCUUUGAAGGAUAAAGUGAUGCGUACUGGAAAACAUAAUCAAAGGCCGCAGAUCAAUCUUCAGAAAAUAUUUACCACCUUAAAGAAAUGCUCUGUAAAAUUUGAGUGCCUUAUUUAUGAGGUGCUUCUGACUGACUCUUAGAACAUUCAAACCACAGGGGGUCUAAGCACAAUUUUAACAUACAAUGGGCACUUUAAACACAACAAUAUAUGUAAGGUGUUCUGUACAACGUUUAGUUCAAAGAUUACGAAGGUUUGUAUGGGAUCGCAACCUAAGUAACUUAUCAUCUUAAUAUCGUAGUGUGACUUUUCGUGACACCACCACUGAUUUCCCGGUGAAAUGUUGUCUGAGAUAAACAAGUCACAAGAAUUCCAUACUCAAAACACAUCACUACCAAGAUCUGGGUAGUGCUUUUGAUUGGCUGAAAAUUUGCUUCAACCAAUGGAAGCACUACCCAGAUCUGGGUAGUGAUGCUUCAUCAGUUUGUGUUCCUUGUCAUUUAUCUGCUUUUUUGCCCAAAUUCUGCUGAUCUCAGCACUUUAUUGUCCCUUGAGUUGGGAUUUCUUCUUUUGAAAUUAAAAUCUGUUGUUUUCCCAUAAAAACCCAGCCUCCUUUGCUGCUUCAUACUCUUCAAACCCACCAGUGAAACACAACACCUCAUGUAUGUUAUGUCGUCCAUAGUAUGCUAAAUAGGCUUGGUCUACCUGUGCUCAGACACACCACUCUUGUUAAAACUUUUCACUUAGUUAUGCACUAAUCAGUGGAAAGCCCUGCACCCCCAUACCCUGGGAAUGCGGGGCAGUAGUGGGAUAUUUCAGCGGUUUUAGACUGUCACUUUGUUACGCUAUGUGGAGUUUUCAACAGUAUAAGAUGCAAGUAUCAGCUAGUGGGGACCAAUAGCGGGGCUUAGACGGGGAUUUGCCCUUCAGACUAUCUUGAAUAGGCAUGGCAUGGGCCCAAGGGGUAGGAGAACAGAAGCAUAUAAACACUACUUCUUAUGGGAAAUAACUGGAAUAUUGUUCUGGGUAGGCAUAUAAGCUGGAGGUCUCAUGCAACCAUAAUCACUUGGAGAGAUUAUGAAGUUUGGAAUUCCAAAUCUGUAACUUAAGGUAGUUUUUUGUUCAACUUUACACUUUUGGCUGUGUGAGAGAUGGAGAGCAUUGUUCACUUUACUAUUUGUAAAAGUUUAAUUCUUUAUUUCUUGAAAUACAUUAAUUUUGGUCAACAUUGUACAAUUAUUGACGCACAGAAUUGCCCCCAUAGUGGGGAAUUUGCUUCAUUUAGAAGGUAUGUAUGGUCUAAUGCCCUGUUUUUCCCCGGGUAUGGGGGUGCGGGGCUUUCCACUGAUUAGUGCAUUAUUUAAAGCAAUAUUUUUUCCUCACACAUUAUUUCAUUACACUGUAAUGUUAGCCUUUUUUACAAGUACAUUAUUUACACAUGAAAUGAUAAGUUAAUGGUGACACACUAUCGCCCACAUUAUGUAUUUAUAGCUUAUUUUCAUUGUUUCGUGCUUGGUGAAAUCUUUCAACAUAAGAAAUUUAGAACUGCCAUUUAAAUUUAGAAAUUUAGGACUGGAAUUUCUUUCAACUUGGGGACAGGAUGAUUUUAAAACUUUUUGAAAUGAACUCUGACUUACUAAUAUUGACCUCUGUUCUUUUGUAGACAAGGAAAGACCUUCUUAAGAGUUUGCCAGUUGUGGUAGCUUUCUUUAUUCCAUUCUUGGGCUAUGCUGUUCCACUUGUAGCGUAAGUGCUCUUUUUUCAUGGUAACUGCAAUGACCAUACUCUAAACUCUUUACUGGGUUAAUCAUGUAUCUACCCUCUCAAAAUAAAGAACAUUGUAUUGUAUUGUAUUGUAUUGUAUUGUAAAUACCUGACUGGGUAAUAAAUAUAAAUCCAAGACUUCAUCUACAGUUACAAUGCUAAUGAAAUCACCAGUCAUCAUUAUGCUCAUUAUUAAAUUGUGUAUAUUCAAGUCAUAGAUUCUUUGUGUCUAUUAAUUUCCAGCUUCCUGUAUCCUAAGCAGCUGCUAUCCCGUCAUUACUGGCAGCCACACCAAUGGGAAAAGUUUGCUUUGCAGGAUGUCAGAAGACGAACAAGAUAUUAUCUUCCUGUUGUCAGAGAAGUUGGAAGGUUAGCCUUGAGUCACAAAGCAAACAUUAACCGCCAAUCAACAGAUCUAAUGUCUACUUCAGUUAAGGUACUUAAUGUUAUUAAUUUUCUUUUAGCUGUGAUACAUCAACAUCAUGUUGAGGUUUGGGUGCAGGUGACUAAGUUCCAUGAUUUCAAAUGAUUGCAGAUCAUCUAUGUAGAUGUAGUUAAAAAUGUUAGUGUACAUGUCUUAGUGCUGCAUGAGAUGCUGAUAGUGACACACUGUUUUCCCCACUCCCUUGUUGAAAAUUUAACUUUAAAUUCACCAACUUCAUUAUUCACGCUGUCAUCCAUUUUCAGUAUCAUCAAAGCACUUAAAGUUUUGGCACCAGUUGCUCAAACCUUGAAAAGUGCUUAAUCCCCUGGAGAAAUCACUAUCCAGCUAACAGCAAUUAUUAGAGAAAACAUGGGCUCAAAUUUCACUUCAUGUGGGACAAAUUAUUUGUCUCACCUCUGGUGAGUGCUGUUACCUGCCACAUCACUGGUUUUAGCAACUUAAUGACAGUACACAUUUAGUGCUGAAAGUAACUUAAUAUUUAUUAAAAUUAAUCUGUACUUGAUAUUUCUUUCAGGUUGUGAACAAGCAGCAUCCUUCAAAUGAAGAGCUUCUAAGUGCAGUGGAAUUUUUUAAGGGAGAACUUCUCAGCUUUGAUCACCUACCUCGCUACCAUCUGGUGAGGGAAUUAGCUAACAGUAAAUCAUAACAAGCAAAAAAUAUAAUGGCACUGAGAAUUUUCUUUUUGUUUUGAUCCAGAAAAAACUUAGUCAGGUCUGGCUUAUUAGCCCAUGGCUUCCAAAGAGAUUUAUGCGAGCUCGAUUGAAGAAACUUUUACAAGCAAUACAAAAAGAAGAUGCUGCUAUAAAGAGAGAAGGACUGGAGAGUCUUAAUGAACAACAACUGAAAGAUGUGAGUUAUUUUUACUAUGCUUCCUUGUUUAUAAUAUAUGUAACAGUCUCACAUCUUGGUGUAGUACAUUCAUUAGAUAAGUUUAUCAUACUCUAUUUUUAUUGUUUAAGUAUCCCAAAAAAGCAGCCAAAUUUAUUGAAAGCAAAUAGUGCUCAUUAAAGUUUCAUUAUUGAAUUAACCUAGUUCCUUUUCUGUCAGGUAUGUCACUCAAGAGGCCUGGACACUAGUGAUGUUGACCCAGAGGCCCUGGUAAUGUGGUUAGCUGAUUGGGUGGAGCUAUCAAAUGCUGCAGGAGGUGAACUAUGAAUCUGUUAAAUCAUUUAACAAUAAUUCUAUUACUUCAUGUCUAAAAAAGGGCAAUUAGUGAACUAUAAGCAGAUGACUUUAUGAUCAAGUCUUGUUAAGCAUGGUCGAAUGACUUGUGUUUCCACAAUAUAAACAAGCUGUUUCACAGUGAAUGAUAGUAAAGUAGCUAAAUGUAUUAUCUUCUUAAUUAGUUAGUUAGUAUAUGUGCGUUAAGCAUAGAAAGGCUUGAACUAAGUUCACGUUACUUAAGAGCCUCCAGGUAAAGUUUCUCAGUGAUAAAACUUUUCACAGUUGUGGGCUUAGCUUCUGAGUGCAUGUGAGGCUUAAACCUUGCAAACAGGCUUUUAACCAGACAUUGAAAACUGGCCGUCCAGAAGGCAUGUUUUUCCAAAACGUAUAAGAGAUUAGGUGAAUUUUCCUUGUGUUUCUUCCAAAAAUGGGCGUCCAUAGGACGGCUGGACACCCUUCUGGCUAAAACCUUGCUUGCAAAGGCAUUUCCUCUCUUAUGUAAAUUAUGCUAACAACAACACGAUUUACAUAACAACACAGAAACAGUCAUUUCUAAACAAGGCCAACUUCAGCCAGAUUUUCCUCCUGUAUCUGUAAAUGGGCUGCUCCCGUCUAGUUUUUCUUUCUUCGAUCAUCCACUAGCAUUUAAACAUCCUUUUUGUGGCCUGUAGUUAUUUCAAAUAAAUUCUUGUAGUUUGAAGACCAUUCCUAUUAAUAUUAUUAGUAAGCUGCCAGGUUAGCUUCAUUAUAAUCAUUUUUUUCCUUUUUGUUUCCACACAGACAUGGAUGAAUCCUUUUUGGCCCACUGCGCCAUUUUUAAGGCCAUAAAUUAUAAUGCUGACAAAGAUGUCCUCAUCAGUCAAAGAAGUUGAUAAAUUCAGCAAAAGU